AUGGCGCGGGGCACGCUUUCGUCGCUGCCGGUGGGAACCGGGGCGACGGACGUGUCCAAAAUGGGUCCAGUGGGAACGGCGGGGGUCAGGACGGCAAUUGAGGCGGUCGGAGCAGCUACAACAGGGCAGACGGAGACAGGCCCUGCGACUAUCAUCCGUACUCGUCGCACACCAACAGCGAGUGCUGCACCCAGCGUCGGCAACGGAAGAAGCAGGAGACCAAGCAGCAGCAGCCUCAGCAACAGCAGCAGCCCCAACGACAGCAACAGCCGCCGCAACAACAGCCGUCUCAGCAGCAACAGCAAUAUCAGGGACCGCCGCCGCAGCAGCCGAGCCGCAGUGGGGGACCUGGGGGGGGUGGGCCCCGGCACGGGACUCACGGCGGCUACGGAGGACAGCAGCAUCAUGGACAUCCAGCUCCCCCUCGUACACCGCAGCAGCAGCGGCGGCCCCCGUACGGGCAUGAAGAUGUAAGUCAACCGUAUGGUGCCGCGCCUCAUGAGGGGACCGCGUAUAGUAACGAGUAUGGGGGGUGGGAGCAUCAGCCACAGUAUCAGCAUUCUUUGCCAGACUACAGCUUCCAGCAGCAGCCGUAUUACCCGCCUCCGACAACGUACUACCAGCAGCAGCAGCAGCCACCGCCGCAGCCUCCGCCACCGCCGUCAGCAGCCGUAGCCGCAGCAGCACUCGACCCAUGCCCCGUACCAUUCGCCUCCUCCCGACGCAGCCGGAUCCUCUGGGCAUCUUCGCUUCCUCAAGACACGUUUUGUGUCACAAGGCGAGAUCUUUCUAAGUGUGGUAGCAAGUUAGAAUAGUAGUGGUUUUGCUUUAUCUGUUCAGAGUCGCCCUUCGCAAAUUGGUAGCGAGCAAUUUUGGGCCGACAGCGGCGCAAGCAACACGGUUGUCAGCAGUAGAGAAAAUAUGUUCGACAUGAAGCCGAUCCCAGCAGGAAAACAGUUCAUCCAAGUAGGGAAUGGUGCCCAUCUGCGCGUGCAAUGUGUUGAAGGCAUCAACAUGGCAUUUCACAUGCCUGGCCCUUCGGGCGAGACCGAUUUUUGCGUGCAGAUGUCGGACGUGUACGUAGUCCCCGGCAUCACGUUCAAUCUGUUUUCUCUGCACCAUACGCAGCGUAGGCAGAGAAUUACGUUGGAUAAAAUGACGUGCAUCUCUUUAAUGGCAAGCUUUCCUUUGCUUUCUCCGAUGUAGGAUUUCUCUUUGAGCCACUCGCUUGCCUCCCACGUAUACCGGUAGUGCUGUAACCCUCGGUCCGGAUGCCCUCCCUCGUGUGUCUCCCGGAGCCCCCCCGCCUAGCGUUGGGACAGGCCUUGUUGUCGCAAACCCCCCUUUCCCCCCAAACACAGGAGCGGACACACGUGCGAGUACGAGCUUCCCGUCCACCGGUGGAGUCGCUGCCGGUGUUGUACCUUCGAGUUCGAGUGCGAAUCCGAGCUUCCAGUGCGUCGGUGGUGCCGCUGCCGGUGUUGUACCUCCGUGUGCCAGUGCGAGUCCAAGCUUCCAGUCCGCCGCGUACCAUCCGGUUUAGUGAUCCCGCGUUGUGCAUUCCCACCCAUCGACGUAGAUGUAGUGCCAACGAUUAUUGCCGACUACCAGCCUGUAAUCACAGCUGCCGUGAAGUCGUCUGGGAUUGCUUCUCCCUCCGUCGUUGACCCGAGCGAUUUUCGUGAAGUUGUGAUCAACCCCCUCAUCCCCCAGGACCAUUUUCCUUUCAGGGUAAUGAGCAUGUUCCUUGAUGUAGGCCUGAUGGAUGGAAUAGACUCGGUCCCACGGGGUGAUUUUUUCCGGAUGCGCUUGAUGUUUGCGACUCUGCAACACCCCCUCCCCCCGCGUUUGCCGUGAUGAGUGAUGAAUUGGAUUGCCUGAAGGGUUUCGUUGCUGGAUGCAGUGAGCAGCAAACCGUAGCUCCCCCCUCCCUCUCGCAUGCCUUGGCAAUUAUCGCCCCCGGGGCUUCCCCGUUGUCGGUAGGAAAAUCCACGCCGACCAUUGACAUUCAUUUGUUCCGUGCCUCCACCGGCCAUGUAAACGAAUUUUUAUUGAGUGAAACGGCCAAGCAGCAGGGCGUACGACUGGUGGGGGAGAUGCAGCCAUGUGUGGGCUGCGUGGAGGCGAACGGCCGGUGGGAACCGGUGCCGCGGCGU